AUGUCGUUCACAUUCAGCUUGCCUCCUCCGACGGGUUACACUCUCCACCAGUGGUUUGCAGUUCUUAAGCUGGCAACUGCUUGGGAAUUUUCCGAUAUACGGACCUUGGCGAUGAAGUCGAUGAUAUUGGACAAGACGAGGGUGUAUGGCAUUGGCCAAUGGUUCGGGAUCUUCGAAUCUUGCUGGAACCUCGACGAUUACACCGAACCACGCGAGCUAGCCAUCACCCGUGUUUCUAGCUUACAGAAAUGGAGUGCGAUGCAGAAGAUCAAUAACGGACGCUGGUAUUGCGUUCGACAGUGGGCUAGUACGGAGGGACUGAAGGACUUGGCUGAAGCUGAAUGCUCAGGAUUUCAGACGAUGGACCUCUUAUCUUUGCGAGAGGUGAUCUCGAAGCCAUGCCCGCAUUGCGAAAGUGGGGAUUUUUGGUGUUCUUACUGA